GUUGCGUCCUAGUGGUUGCUAGCUCGCUCUCCAAACGCAUCCAUACAUUAAACUUCCAAUGACUGAAGUUACAGGCAAAGUAGAUUUCAAAAUCGGUGAUGACACGUACCAGACUUGGUACAAAAUCGUCGGGAAUCUCGCUUCGGGUACACGCCCUCUCGUCGUGCUGCACGGCGGUCCUGGCAUCUCGCAUGACUAUAUGACACCUCUCGCUGAAAUUCACGACAAAUGUAACAUCCCCGUCAUCUUUUACGACCAGAUCGGCAUCGGCAAGUCCAUUUUUGAAGGUGUGGCCGAGAAGCCCAAAGAGUUUUGGACAGUCGAUCUGUUCAUGGAUGAACUGGACAACCUUCUUGUCCACCUCGGUGUGCAGAAUGGCUUUGCUCUUCUGGGUCACUCCUGGGGAGCGAUGUUAGGGGCGCACUAUGCCAGCCACAGACACCCUGUGGGUCUCAAACACCUCAUCCUCACCAGCGGAGCCCCAUCCAUGGCAUUAUGGGAAAAAAGCACUGGCCAGCUGCUGAACGCGCUGCCAGCGGAUGUGAGGGAGACUAUUGAGAAGCACGAGAAAGAAGGGACAACAGAUAGCCCCGAAUAUCAACAAAUGAUGGGGAUCUUCUAUGAAAAGCACAUUUGCAAAACCCCCUGGCCAAAGGUGAUGGAGACAUCCUUUGCAGCCAUGAUGCAAAAUCCCACUGUGUAUCAUACGAUGAUUGGACCGUCAGAGUUCACCAUUACGGGCACGCUGAAGUCAUGGUCGUGUUUAGAUCAGAUUCACACAAUCACAACUCCUACUCUCCUCACUAACGGUGUCAUGGAUGAAGCGCAGGACGUCUGCGUCAGUCCUUUCUUCCACAGAAUCCCGCAUGUGAAGUGGGUGCAGUUCUCGCAGCGUCACAUGCCAUUCCUGGAGGAGGAGGACCAGGCAAGAUAUUUUCAAGUGGUGGCUGAUUUUCUGACGUAUCCUUGAAUGGUGAAUCCUGUAAAAUAUAUAUAAGCUUCAAUGAAGGCAGAGGAAUGGAAUGACCAGAUGAUAACUACAGUGAAUUCCUCCUUCCACGGACUCAGCAAAGGAUUGUCCUGUCUUGGGUAAAGGACACGGGCUGCAACCUGAUUAGUAGAGGGCCGCCGCCUGUAUGUGCACCUCCAGGAGAGCUUGGAGAUGCUAGAUCAUCUAGUAGUACGAUUGCUCAGUCAUUUGGCUAUCACAUGACUUUGGCACUGUCUCGCCUCAGUCUCAUUUCUUCAUUGAUUUUUAUGAUUAGAAUUUCCAGUACCUUUUAAAGCUGAGCGCUGAAGUGGCAAACUGGAAUAUCUGAUUGAGAUGGGCUGAGGAUGUGCAAUGUCACGGUGCAUGAAGUGAGCGC